GAUCAUAAUUUUGGUGAUGAUUUCUUGAUUGUUAAUGUUAUUGGUUUUAUGAUUGCAACGAACGAAAAAAAAAUUUGCAAUUUUUCAUUCAAUUUAUAACGGGAAAAAUAAAAAAAUGUCCGAAAUUAAAACGGAACAUCAUGUUUAUCAAAAUGAUACCGAUGAUGAUGAUGAUGAUAUGACAAAUAAUCCAUUAACCGAAUCAAAAAAUAUUGAUGAUAAUGAUGAUGGUGGUGGUCAAAUUGAAAAACAUCGAUCCGAAAAACAAUUCAAAUGGUUUAUGCAUGCAUAUAUUUCGGUUGCAAUCACUAUAAUUGGAAUUCUUCUUGUCGUUAUUGGUGGUUUAUUAAUGAUAUUACAACGUGUACGUUUUACAAGCGAUUGGAGUAAUAGUGGUGUUUAUUUGGGCAAAAGAAUUAUCAAAUGGAGCGGUGAAACAACAACUGUUGUUGGUAUAAUUAUCGGCCUAUUUGGUUUCAUUUAUUAUUGGCAUUGUUUGAAGAAAAUUGAUAUCUAUAUAAAUACAUUACAAAAUAAAAAUGAUAUAAAUCGAGCAUUUAUAAAACAAGAUGAACAUUAUGAAUAAGUGAAAAAUUGAUUAAAAUGAUGUUUUUUUACCCGACAAA